AUGGAUGGACAGACGGACCUGCUGGUGCCGCUGCCCCGACCUGGCCCUGCAGCGAGUGCCCCUGGUGGAAUCUGCUGGCUGCAGCAGGGCAAGGAGGCCAAAUGCACCAUGAUCCUCAAGACGGGCGUCUCGUGGGAGGAAUGCUGUGCCAACGGCAACGUGGACGUGGCCUGGUCUAACUACACCUACCCGGGCAACAAGAUCAGCCUGCUGGGCUUCCUGGGGCUGGUGACCUGCCACCCCUGCAAAGAGAGCUGCGAGGGGGUGGUGUGCGGCCCCGACAAGGAGUGCCGCAUGAAGCAGGGCCGCCCGCAGUGCGCCUGCGCGCCCGACUGCUCCCGCCUGCCCCGCAAGCUGCAGGUCUGCGGCUCCGACGGCUUCACCUACCGCGACGAGUGCGAGCUGCUCACGGCGCGCUGCCGCGACCACCCCGACCUGCAAGUGAUGUACCAGGGCAAGUGCAAAAAGUCCUGCUCCAGCGUGGUGUGUCCCGGCACCCACACGUGCGUGGUGGACCAGACGGGCAGCGCGCACUGCGUCGUGUGCCGCACGGCGCCCUGCCCCGAGCCCACCAGCCUGGACCGCGCGCUCUGCGGCAACAACACCUUCCCCUCCCCCUCCGCCUGCCACCUGCGCCGCGCCACCUGCCACCUGGGCCGCUCCAUCGGCGUGCGGCACUACGGGAGCUGCUCCGCCACAGCCAAGUUCUCCCUGGAGACGGACAAUGCUGAGGAAAAUUACGUGUGAAUCCCUGCUUUGCCACCAGGCUGGACCCAGGAG